ACAUCGCUCAAUUCUGUACAAACAUCCAAUUGAAUCGCAAAUAUGGCCUCUUCUCAACCUACCCGAUGGGCUGCUCUCGCUCGUGACACCAACGAGACCAAGAUCCAACUCGCUCUCAACCUUGACGGCGGCGAUUUCCCUCCGGACACCGAUUCUCGUCUUCUCGACAACGAUGAUAGCCAUGCUUCCCAGGCCAGCAAGUCCCAAAAGAUUGCUGUCAACACUGGAAUUGGUUUCCUCGACCACAUGCUUCAUGCUCUGGCUAAGCAUGCUGGCUGGAGUCUGGCUCUGAACUGCAAGGGUGAUCUUCACAUUGACGACCACCACACUGCUGAGGAUGUCUGCAUCGCCCUUGGUUACGCCUUCGCCCAGGCCCUCGGUACACCCGCCGGUCUUGCUCGUUUCGGCUACGCCUACGCCCCUCUCGACGAGGCCCUUUCUCGCGCCGUUAUCGAUCUCUCCAACCGUCCCUAUGCCGUGGUUGACCUUGGUCUGAAGCGGGAGUGGCUCGGCCAGCUCAGCACUGAGAUGGUUCCUCACUGUCUGCAGAGCUUUGCUCAGGGUGCUCGUGUCACACUGCACGUUCACUGCCUCCACGGUGACAACGACCACCACCGUGCUGAGAGUGCUUUUAAGGCUCUUGCUAUCGCUGUCAAGGCUGCCACCACAAGAAUACCUGGUAAGGAGGGCGAGGUGCCCAGCACCAAGGGUACUCUGAGUGCCUAAAGAAAAAGUGCAGAUUAGGAGUUCCGGAUGAGUAUUUUCCUUUGGUAGAUUUGAAUUGCAGGUUGUCGGGCUUAAGACAUAAGACCUUGGAUACAUAUAACAGCUUCACUAUAAAUUAGAUAGCAGAGCGGUUGGGAAU